CCGUCGCGCCCUCAGUUCUCUCUCGCCCUCGCCGCCACUCUAGUUCUCCUCUCUCGCCGGUUACCGCCGCCGCCGGAGCAUUCGUCGCCGCCGUCCUCGCCUGCUUCUCUCCCGCUCGGUGCUCGUCGGCGAUCCCGCUCGAAACGAUCUCUGGUCUCGCAACUCUCGCCGGCUCCGACAGCGAUCGCCGCCGCGUUCGAUAGUCCGUCCCCGCUCAGGCAGGAGACGGGCAAAUAAAGGGUCAUGUUUGGGACGGCGAUUAGGCUUCUUGCGAGGAAGCCAAAGCCGAAGAUGAAACCGAUUGAGCUCAAGAUGCCACCGGAGCAGACACAAACCAUCACGAGGGUCAUCUUUGAUAUAUUGAAGGAGCAUGGUCCUCUCACGAUCGCAGGCACCUGGGAACGUGUUCAAGAAGUUGGUUUAAGAGGACUGACUAGCAAAAGGCACAUGAAAAUAGUGUUGAGAUGGAUGAGAGAGCGACAGAAGGUGCGGCUCUUAUGCAACCAUGUUGGUCCGAAUAAGCAAUUUCUCUACACAACUUGGUUCACAAAAGUGCGACAAGAAACGGAGAGAACAGUGAAUGCUGCUUCAAAACCUGAACAUCCACGAUUUGUUGCAGGUAGGCCUAUUGUAAAUGUGGAAAGCACACACAAAGAUGUGUAGCUUUGACUUUUGAGUCAUCAUUGUAUUUUAACCCUUCUUUCUAGUUCAGUUUUGUCUUGUUAGAAGAGAACUGUACUUGCGUUUUUGAGGUUGUGUAAAUGAAGUUUAAUGUUAAAGUAUUACCUGAUAUGCAUAAUUAUCGGAUGCCUCUUGACUGGAGGGGUAGCAACA